CUCAAAGUCUUUAUAUAAUACCAUUUUCUGUCACUGAGUUGGUACGAUUGCACGCAUCACACGAAAACAUUACUUUUGAGAGUGCUCGAUUGUGCGAAGCGUUGCUGUAGUUGAAACAUUCAACGUUAAGGAUUAUACCGCAUAAAGCGCUCUAGUGCUGUAAUUGGAAAACUACCGGAUUCAGCAAGAUGAUAGUAGGUCUUGGUGGAUAUUGCGUAGAGGACUUUACUCCUUGAGGCGAUUUGCCGCGCCGCCGCCGCAUGUUUUUAGUGUAGUAUGCGCACGGCCUUAAUAAAAAAAAAUACGGACGCCAUUUUAUUCUAUCACGCAUCCACGCAUCGAAUCAACCAAAACCACAAACGUCACCUUUCUUUUGGUGAGCGAGGUGUGUUCACGUGAGGUUGUGUGUUCCCUCGAUUAAGGUCACACAAUCCUCAUAAUUUCGUGAAAUAUUCUUGUAAAAUAUAAAAAAAAAUCAUAAAAUUAAUAAAAUAACAAAAAAAUAGAAAAAAAUCAAAAAAGUAACGGGAUUCACUCGAUUUUAAGUUAGUUAGUGUACGUAAGCGUGCAACGUGGUCUAAGGAAUGCGAUUGUCAUUAUAGAGAGAAAGUGAAGUUUUGUGCUAACGACCAAUAAUUUUAAUGUGUUAUUUUAAACAGCAAGUUUAAAUAAAGCAAAAUGAAUCCAGGCCCCCCUAAUUAUCCCAUGGCAUCAUUGUAUGUCGGAGACUUGCACUCCGAUAUUACCGAGGCCAUGUUGUUUGAAAAAUUUUCAACUGCGGGUCCUGUACUCUCAAUUCGGGUUUGUCGCGAUAUGAUAACUCGCAGAUCAUUAGGGUACGCUUAUGUAAAUUUUCAGCAACCUGCAGAUGCUGAAAGAGCUCUAGACACUAUGAAUUUUGACAUGAUCAAAGGAAGACCUAUUAGAAUCAUGUGGUCCCAACGCGAUCCUUCCCUACGUAAGUCUGGAGUAGGAAAUGUAUUCAUUAAAAAUCUUGACAAAACCAUUGACAACAAAGCUAUGUAUGAUACUUUCUCUGCUUUUGGGAAUAUUUUGAGCUGUAAAGUAGCUCAAGAUGAGACUGGUGCCUCUAAAGGUUAUGGCUUUGUUCAUUUUGAGACUGAGGAAGCUGCCAAUAAAUCAAUUGAGAAAGUAAACGGAAUGUUGUUAAAUGGUAAAAAAGUUUACGUUGGCAGAUUCAUUCCUCGUAAGGAACGUGAAAAGGAACUGGGUGAAAAAGCAAAACUUUUCACCAAUGUCUAUGUGAAGAAUUUCGGAGAAGAUUUUUCUGAUGAAAUGCUUAAAGACAUGUUUGAGAAAUAUGGUAGAAUAACAAGCCACAAAGUUAUGUAUAAAGAUGAUGGCGCUUCCAGAGGUUUUGGAUUUGUUGCAUUUGAAGAUCCAGAUGCUGCAGAAAGGGCUUGCAUAGAGUUAAAUGGUAAAGAGCUAGUAGAAGGCAAGCCUUUAUAUGUUGGUCGUGCCCAAAAGAAAGCUGAACGUCAGAAAGAACUUAAGCGCAAAUUUGAACAAUUAAAAUCGGAGCGUUUGACUCGUUACCAGGGUGUAAAUUUGUAUGUGAAGAAUUUAGAUGAUACUAUUGAUGAUGAGAGACUGCGUAAAGAAUUUGCACCAUUUGGAACAAUAACUUCAGCCAAGGUGAUGUUGGAGGAUGGCCGCAGCAAGGGCUUUGGGUUUGUUUGUUUUUCAUCCCCUGAAGAAGCUACUAAAGCUGUUACUGAGAUGAAUGGACGAAUUGUUGGAACCAAACCACUAUAUGUUGCAUUGGCUCAACGUAAGGAAGAUCGUAAAGCUCAUCUGACAUCCCAAUAUAUGCAACGUAUGGCAAGUAUGAGAAUGCAGCAAAUGGGCCAAAUCUUCCAACCAGGUGGUGCAGGAGGAUACUUUGUUCCCACUAUUCCACCAGCUCAGCGUUUCUAUGGCCCAGCCCAGAUGACUCAAAUAAGACCAUCUCCUCGCUGGACAGCUCAGCCCCCUGUAAGACCUAGUACUCAGACUGCUGCCUCAGGUUAUCCAAAUAUGCAAGCUCCAUUCCGUCCAGCUCCAAGAGGCCCCACUCAAGCAGCAUUGCGAACAUCACUUGGGGCAAGACCAAUUACAGGACAACAAGGAGUAGCAACAGCGACAUCCAUAAGAGCACCUCUAGUUACCCAAAGUGGCCGCCCGGCUGGGUAUAAAUAUACUGCUAACAUGCGUAAUCCUCCAGCUCCUCAACCAGCUGUUCAUAUUCAAGGCCAAGAACCACUGACUGCUACUAUGUUAGCUGCGGCGCCAUUGCAGGAGCAAAAACAGAUGCUUGGUGAACGUUUGUUCCCCUUAAUUCAAAGAAUGCAUCCAGAUUUGGCUGGUAAGAUUACGGGAAUGUUGUUGGAGAUUGAUAAUUCUGAACUUCUCCAUAUGUUAGAACAUGGAGAGUCUCUGAAAGCUAAGGUGGAUGAAGCUGUUGCUGUCCUGCAGGCUCACCAAGCCAAACAACAAGCUACUAAUAAAAAGGAGUAAAAACAUGGUAAAUAUCUGGUAAUAAUAACAUUUUUACCAGCCUUUUUCUUUACAAGGACCAUUAAUAUUGCUGUGUUCUUGUUGAUUUUAAUGCUUUUUCAUUAAUAUUAUAUAAAAAAAUACAGUAAAUAGUCCCGCUCAUAAAAAAAACACACAAUAAAAAUUGAAAAAACAAAAAGUGGAAUUUGCUACUUAACCAAAAAAUAUGCAAUUCAUUAUAUGCAAUUGGGUAUGCAAUUCCACAAACAAAAAUAUUUGCAACUGUCAACAUUUAUAUGUUUGAAAAGAGUAAGUAAUAAUGGACUCGGACUUUUUACAUUGACUAGAGGAGAAAAGUUUGGUUAAGUUUAUUUUAAUUUUUCUUUUAUCUUAAAAUGGAGUUGGCUUAUGUUCUUGCAAGUAUAUGUAUCUUUAUUUUCUCAUCAGCAUAUAUGUUGAAUCUACCAAGUAUUGUAAACUUGGUCAUCAAUGUAACUGAUUUUUCUUUGUAAUUUGUUAUAUUAUAUUCUUUGGAAUAUUCACAAUAUAAUGGUUUUUUAUUGAAGUCAGUGAAACAUUUGAGGUAAUCAUUUGUUUCGUGAGCGUCAGCUCGGCUCUGCUUUAAUUCCUGUAAUUCGACAUGGCUAUUCAUUUUAGUCACGCUGAAAAAAAUGUGAAAAAAAUAAACUUGUUCCUAUUCAAGUUUCAAUGCACAUUUACUUAGAUAAAUGCCGGAUUUAUAUUUGUCCGAAAUGUUAGAGCGGUAUCAAUUUCAUAAAUUUAUUACACAGAGAUUUAUAUUUGUGUGUCGCGGUUUGUUGUGAUGGCUUCUGCUGUGCUGUGACCCAUCAGAAGAGAUUCCGAUCGCAUCAGGGCCCUCCGUACCAGAAGGACGAUGUCUUUAUGGGACUAAUGACAUAAAAGCAAAACCUACUAGUAAAACGUCUGAAAUUUAAAAUCGUCUUAUUAGUAGAGCGACUGAAAUUACAAAAUGGAAUGUUAGGCGAAAGGUUAUUCAAAAAAUAAAUAAAUCAAAGAUUUGUCGAAAUACUCCAAUUAAUUUUUAACCUUAGUGGUACGAUUAAAAGUUCAAAAUCGCGUUCAACCUAUGAUAUGCAUGGACUUAUAAAAAAAGGCGGACAGAGUCCCGGUAAACAAUAAACUGUGUCGCUCAGAGUCGGCCAGGUCGCUGUACGUACAAGCCGGCACGCACACAUUCACACAAUAGCCACUACACGUGCAAACGUCGAAGCAGCCGACACGUUACGUGGAGAUAAAAAAUAAGCUAAACAAGAUAUCUUGCUUGUAAAAAGGUGUAAAAACCGUAGUGACCGAAAGAAAAAAAAAUCCAGGAAUCACGUUUCAUAGGUAAAUGAAUAAUUGAAUCACUUUUUUCUAGUUUUUAGAAAUCGAAAUCAAUUUUAAUUCUAAGGACAAAAUGAUUAGUCUAAAUAGUCCAGUCAAUGAAGGCCUAACUUUGCCAUUUUGAGUUGAUCACCUGCAACCAACGCGAAAAUUUCCGCAAGGAUUCGUAGAUUAAUAUACUAAAAUUGCAGGGUGCUGCAUUGACGGCAAAGGGUGCAAAAAGAUGCGAAAUGGUGCAAAAACGAGUUUUUCGUCAAUAUCUUGCGACUGGCUGGAAAAAUAGAAAAAGUUUCUAGUACAAAGUUGUAGAAAAUUUAAUUUCCUACAAAAAAGGUAUCAACAUAUUAUCGCGUAUCUCCCAUAGUUUUUGCACAAAAUGCAAUUAAAGGUGCAAAAUAAAAAAAGAAAAUAUAUUGUUAAUGGUUUUUUUUCCAUUUUUAAACGAUCCUACGGGUCAAACUCAACAAUCACCACUUACUGAAAUAUUUAAGGAUAAGUUUUCGGCAGUCCACUGAAAUGAAAAUUGUCUACCGAAAUGGUAAAAAAUGACCACCGAAAUGAUACAGCCAAGAACAUCGCCUUUGUAGUAGAAGGGUUCCCUAUUUUGAAUUUAAAUAAAUUUCCUUAUUCUUUGUAAAUAUUUUUGUUCAUUAUUUUUUAAUAAGAAUUAUUAAUGAAGAAUUAAUUAAUUGUUACUGCUAUUAAUUAUUAUUACUAAUUAUAAUUAUUAAUAUGUACAUUUUCAAAAUAACGAACAAAGCGCGUUUAGAAAGCGAGAAGUUUAUUAGUUAGUAAAUCGUCCCCUUAGUGCCAAAACCGAUUAUCUGCACUUUUCCGCUACUGAACUUUUAUAAUACCAAUCGACCCGUCUCAUUAAGCCGCAUCUACAGGUAAAACCCAUUAUGCUCUACGACGAAUGCUUCCUGAUAUAGCUAAUGAAUAAACAGAAUAACUGCAAAUUGUUUCCAAAAUUCUUGAUUUAAAAUCUAAUAAACCCAUUCAAAACACUUAAGUUUGUAAAUUUAUUAUGCUGAAACCAAGUUUCGGAUUUAAACUCAUUUUUCAUGUAGACACUAAGAGUAAAUAUCCUGUGAGUAUCCUGUAAUUGGCUUUGACUGUUUGAAUUUUACCAGAUAUUUUAAUUUUACUAGAUGAAGUAAAAAUUACCAGAUCCAAGUCGCUUUUUGCAAAAAAAUAUAUAUAAUGUGUUUGUGUAUAUAUAUAUAAUGUGUUUGUGUGUAUAUUUGAGGCAAGUAAAAGAGGAUAGAUCGAAUCGAUCGACAGGUGUGCUUCUAGCGUACGUGACAUAUAUCUGGGGUGAGGCUAUCGAUAAGCGAGGUGAGUCUUUGGCUAUCAGCUUUAACAUCGCCAAGGCUUUGAUAGGGUCUGGCACAUAAGUCUUCUCUCCAAGCUUCCUGGAUACGGGCUGCUUACUCAGUUCUGUGCCUGAGUGGCUGACUUCCUGCAUGAGCGUCAACGGACGGCGACGGAUGUAGUUCGCAGAUCAUGUCAGUGAAUGCCGGAGUUUCUCAGGACUCCGUCCUAUCCCCUACACUCUUUUUGCUGCAUUCAAUGAUUUAAUUCCUCUUGAGAAUAUUCAUUGCUAUGCAGACGAUAAAACAGUACAUGCGGGAUAUUUUGAAUACGCAGCCGCUGGACAGGUAGAAACCAAAGAGAAACGGGAGAAUCUUGUCAUUGAACUCAAUCAAGAUUUGGACCGCAUUUCGGAAUGCGGUACCAAGAACUUGGUUGAGUUCAUUGCCAAGAAAGCCCAGGUCUGCGCUUUCACGGUAAAAUUAACGUUUUUUCACGCCUGAGCAACUGUGCUUGUUGUACAUGACGUAAGUACGGUCUUGCGUGGAAUAUUUUUCGCACCUCAGAGGAUGGCUCCGCCAAGUACUUUUUUGAUAAUUUGGAUAGGUUACAGCGGCACGCGAUUCGCAUUAUUGGCGAUAAGGAGGUGACUAAACACCUUGAGCCUCUUCAAUUACGCCGUGAUGUGGCGUUAUUAGGCGCGUUUUAUCGUCUAUACCAUAGCGCAUGUUUUGAGGAGUUAUUGUCCCUUAACCUACCUUCCCCUUUCCUACAGAAGUCUACACGCGCUGGCUUAUGUUGUCACCGAUUUACUGUGAACUACUAUUCCAACGUGAACAAAGAAAUUUGGUAACUCAUUUCUUUGUCAGACUAUCCGCAAAUGGAUAACUUUGCCCUUUUACGUGUGUGAAGUAGCAAUUCUGCAGGCCGGCAAAAUGAGGAUAGCUGGUGUGGCAAGUAAUACUGCUGUACCAGCUAUCUUCGCGUCUAGACUCCUUCGUCACCUAACCUCUGGUGGAGUCAUUUGUCGAACCUAUUUAUAAAAAAAAGAUCUAUAGCAAAGAAAAAAGAUCUUGAUGAUUUGUGCAACAAAGGUGUCAUACCUGAAGAGUACCAUGGAUUAUACAGAUCUUUGGCUACAGAAACAAGCCAAUCUGAUCGUUUUCCUUCAGAAACCAUUCUGAUGACUCACCAUGUGUAAGCGAGUCAAGUGCAGAUGAAUAAUACUGAUUUUUUUACACUUAUUUAAUUAGGAAUACUAUUGGCCGCCAACGAAUUCGUCCGCUUUAACUUUAAUAUACAUUUUUAAACUAGAUAUUUUAGAUAGAAAUACUACUGCACCCGAAAUAUCGAACCUACAGUAUCUAGAUAAAUGUACAUCAUAAACCGAAACUAUUUAAUAUACCUAUAUUGACUCAAGGAUCUUUAAAAACUUAUGGAUGUAUCAUUUCGGCGAUAUUUUCAUUCCCUGGACUCUUAUCGGCAUUACUGUCCACCGAAUCAAUUGUCCCCAUAUCACUGAAAUGAUAUACUAACUAUUUGGCGGGAAUCCACAAUGACGUUGUUGCGCGUGCGUGUGCUCCAGCGAAGGCGGACUGGCUCGAACUGACAAGCGGGACACAACAACGCAAUGUAGACGAACCUAUUUCACAAAAACUUACUGUCCAUGGAAAUGAUAACUUUUUCCAGGACAAAAGUUGAGUGCUUGUUACAUGUAUAAGGAAGAAGAUAAACAAGCAGUAGUAGGUUUUGUUGAUAGGCUGUAUAUUUUUUUUUUACUUUUAUCCCCAAUUUUGUUUCAGGUCUUUGUUUGUGUGUUUGAUAGUUUGAUAGCCUAUAUUAUAUAUUAAUGAUAUAAAAGUUAAUUUCAAUCGAAAAAAUAAAUGUAACUACAGGGGAAGUAAUUUUACGAGAGGAAUUGGGUUUAAGACAGGUUACCGUGAUGAUAAAAUGCCACUUCGUAUUUUUUUAUUUUAUGGAAUAGAGCCCAUUACUCAAUAAUUCUUUUUGACAAGGUUGAGAAGUACCUACUUAACUAAGAAAAAAAGUCAAAAUCAUAAAUCAGCACAUUGCACUGCCGCUCUGAGCAAUGCCGUGUAUUUUUUUUUUGCUUGGGGAGUUCACCUCUACAUGCUUUAUUGGGAUUUAAUUAAUAUGUUUCGGGCACUUUUUUAUUUCCUUUUUCAUAUAAUAAUCUUGACAAAAAAAAUGAUUGCAAUUUUAUUAUAUGAUAAUGUAUAAGAAAAUGUAUUGCAUCUUGCAAAUAUAUGUUUUAAAUGCAAAUUUUGCGCUGAACACGAUGAAAUAGAAAUUAAUGUUAAAGUUAUAUUGAAAUCAAUUUUUUUAUCAAGUUUAUAUUUCGUUAUCUUUCUUCUAAUAUUCGAUAAUAGUUCACCUAGUAAUGUUUAUUAGUGAUUAAUUAAACAAAAAAACAACAUUGUUGCCCAGCGCGCGAUUCAACAAUGAAUGAAUAAAAGUGAGCAACUCACUCCCUUGCGCGCGAUCUGUAUACGGAAGAGAAAGUUAAAAAUAGAUAGCUGAUUUGAGCUAAAGCAUUUUUAAAGUAACGAUGUCUAACGCUAAUAAAUUAUAGUGGAAGAAAAGAGUAAGCACCGAUAAUCGAUUUUAGAUGAAAAAAUUUAUAAAGCGUUGAAUAAAAGUUAUUAAGUAAAAACAAAUUGAAAUUCGGUAUCUUAUUCAAUUGUCUCAAAUAUUACGCAAAUAUACUAUAUAUUUGUUUUUGAAAAAAGCGACUUGGAUCUGGUAAUUUUUACUUCAUCUAGUAAAAUUAAAAUAUCUGGUAAAAUUCAAACAGUCAAAGCCAAUUACAGGAUACUCACAGGAUAUUUACUCUAAGUGUCUACAUGAAAAAUGAGUUUAAAUCCGAAACUUGGUUUCAGCAUAAUACAUUUACAAACUUAAGUGUUUUGAAUGGGUUUAUUAGAUUUUAAAUCAAGAAUUUUGGAAACAAUUUGCAGUUAUUCUGUUUAUUCAUUAGCUAUAUCAGGAAGCAUUCGUCGUAGAGCAUAAUGGGUUUUACCUGUAGAUGCGGCUUAAUGAGACGGGUCGAUUGGUAUUAUAAAAGUUCAGUAGCGGAAAAGUGCAGAUAAUCGGUUUUGGCACUAAGGGGACGAUUUACUAACUAAUAAACUUCUCGCUUUCUAAACGCGCUUUGUUCGUUAUUUUGAAAAUGUACAUAUUAAUAAUUAUAAUUAGUAAUAAUAAUUAAUAGCAGUAACAAUUAAUUAAUUCUUCAUUAAUAAUUCUUAUUAAAUAAUGAACAAAAAUAUUUACAAAGAAUAAGGAAAUUUAUUUAAAUUCAAAAUAGGGAACCCUUCUACUACAAAGGCGAUGUUCUUAGCUGUAUCAUUUCGGUGGUAAUUUUUUUACCAUUUCGGUAGACAAUUUUCAUUUCAGUGGACUGCCAAAAACUCAUCCUUAAAUAUUUCAAUAAGUGGUGAUUGUUGAAUUUGACCCGUAGGAUCGUUUAAAAAUGGAAAAAAAAACAUUAACAAUAUAUUUUUUUUUUUCUUAUUUUGCACCUUUAAUUGCAUUUUAUGCAAAAACUAUGGGAGAUACGCGAAAAUAUGUCGAUACCUUUUUUUGUAGGAAAUUAAAUUUUCUACAACUUUGUACUAGAAACUUUUUCUAUUUUUCCAGCCAGUCGCGAGAUAUUGACGAAAAACUCGUUUUUGACCCAUUUCGCAUUUUUUUUUCACUCUUUGCCGUCAAUGCAGCACCCUGCAAUUUUAGUAUAUUAAUCUACGAACCCUUGCGGAAAUUUUCGCGUUGGUUGCAGGUGAUCAACUCAAAAUGGUAAAGUUAAGCCUUCAUUGACUGGACUAAAAACCAAAGUUGACAUUAACUUCAAUCUAUUAUUUAUUAUUCUUUUUUAUCAGAUUUCCUAAAGAAAAUGUAGUAUGGAGAAAUUACUGGAAAAUGAAUGAUUUCCAAACAAAUAUGUAGUAGUGUCAUUUUUAGUCUUCAUUUUGAAGCUCAAGACUUAUAUACAACUAAAGGAGGACUCCGGCGUGUUAUUACGUAUGCAUUACCUCAAACGGUUGAUUAAAAUUUUUAACCGACUUCGAAAAGAAACAGGUUCGCAAUGCGUCAUAUUUGUUUUUUUUUUUAUUGUUGUUCGCGCAGAUCUCCGAGAUUCGUGGACCGUUUAUGAUGAUUCUUUUUUUGUUUUAAUCAGUUUACUAGCGAGAUGGCUGCAUAUUAGUUUACUGGAGAUCUGAUAAGUACUUUCGGAGGAAAACAAUGGAACUUCUCAAUUACAAACAGUACUCAAUGGGUGUUAGUUUAUUUUAAGAAAUAUGAAAGAGAAUGCAGGCCAGGCCAUGUAUAUUUAGUUGAUUUACCCAAUAUUGAGAAAAUUUGAUACAUUCUAGAAUUUCUAAUGAGUCCCGACUGUUAAAGUAACUUUGUUCCUUAUUAAACAGAAUUCUAGACUACUGGACUUGUUUUUUUCUUUUUAGUACAUUUUUUUUAAUUUCCUUAUUUUUUAAGUACACGAGAUGUAUAUUUUCUAAAUAUUCUUUUGAAACCCUUCACUUUGAUACCUCUCUUGACGGGUUAUAAAAAUACUUAUACUUUUUUUUCAAAAUGUUUCAUUUUGGCGCAUAAAAUCUGUUAUUUUGAUUUUUUUGAAAUUUUAAUAUAUCGAGUGCCACUCACACAAUCACGACAAAUCAAAUGAUACCUCGCAUGUCAAAAUCCGUCAAGACGUUCAGGCUGUAGGGCGUGCCAAAUUAUUGGACAGACAUACAUACGCUCGAAAAACAUUAUCCUCCGCAGUCGGGCAAAAAGUAAAAUUUUGAACAAUCAAAAUUUUUUCAUGUUUUUACUGUGUUUUUAUUGGUAAAAAAUUGGCUAACCUAGCAACCCUACAAUUCACUCACUCAUCAAUAGCCGCCGCCAUUACGGUGCCUCAGUAUUGUCUUAGCCGAAACUCUGUCCGCCUUUUUUUAUACGUCCAUGAUGAUAUGAAUGUAUAUUGACAGCAAAGAGAACCAAGAUCUUAAAAGAAAUCACUUGUUUUUCAGUUAAACAUGAUUUGGUAAAUGUAUGGUAUUUACCUACCUAAUAUAUUAAAAAUUUGUAUUAGUAAUUAAUUGGCGCGGUUUGGUUUUUAACUAAGAUCAUGCUAAAUAUUCUCACCAGGUUAAAACUCCAAUAGAAAUAUUACAAAAGCUUCUUUUCCGACAAUCUUGAAUGUGUGAUAGGCGAACAAAUGAAUCUAUAAAGCACACAAACAAGUAGUACUAUUAAGAGCCCUUUCACAUUUUUUGCAAUAAAUCGCAAUUUUUGAGCUCCUCGUUUACCCCCUUAGAAGAGAUUUUGACUUUUUCCAAUAGAAGUAAACAGUAGAUUUAUUCUUCCUAUUGAAAAUUAAUGUAGAAUAUUGGCAAAUACUAUUUUCCUUUUUUUGUACUGAUCGUUCUACCGCAGCUAGUUUACGGAAAAAACGAUAAUAUGCACAGCUUCAAACGCCUCAAUCUCUCAAUAAUGUUUAACAAAUUAGAUCAAAUUAAUUACUCCGACAACAGAAAUAUGUUUUUGUUGAAACAUAAUGUAUUAGAAUCUUGAUUAUUCCAUCUCAUUAACAUUUAAUUAUUAAAAAAACAUCUAACCUCCGUGAGUUUUCCCAAAAAUUAACGCAGGUUUACCUCGUAUUUUGAUAUUGAAUUAAAUAGAAUUAGUAUCAAAAACUUUCAUAAAAUUAAUCUACAAUCAUUAAACUACUGAAAUAUGUAUAUUUUUUUAUAAUUAAUUCAUUAAUAAUUAUUUUAUAAGACUUGAAACAUCACCCGUAAAAUGCAAUUUAUACUGGUGCAUAUCUACGCGCCGUAGGGGUGUCCACUCUGAAAAAACAUCGAUGUAUUUUUGAUUCGAUACAUCGCAACUAUACAUCGAUGUCAAUCGAUGUAUCGGAUGAAAACAUCGAUGUAUUUUAAACAUCGAGUACUUUUUCUGAAAUUUUAUUACAAAACUCAACUUAUGUGUAAAGUGACCCAUCUCAAAAGAGGCCAUCUUUUCAUAGUAAAAAAAAAUACAAUUGAAGUUUAUGAAAAGACCUUAAUCCAUAAUUUUAUUAUAGUUUAUAUAUUAAUCUUUCAUAAAAUAAUAGAAUUAACUCCUUUCAUCAUGAGUAGGUAAAACUAAAUACAAGUAAAAGUCAUGUGUCAGAAAAAUCUGUAUCAUAUUUUUACAAAAGAUCAUAUAAAAAAACGCUAAAUAACCCGCAAAAUGUUUGCUAAGUCUGUCAAAAGGAUAUUAUAAAUAUACUUCAAUCUUAAUUUCUUUCACAAAACUAAAGGUAGUUAAAUGUUUAUAAACAUAGAAACUCGUAGUUAUUUUUUUAUUGUCACUGCACUGACUCUUGCGCAGUGCUGCCAACAUCGGGUCCAUAUCAGAGAAUUCAGAAUAAUGAUGCUUUCAUAAUACUAAUAAGUAAAAUUUUAGUGGUCAAACUUAAGUUUUUUUACUGAGGUCAAACCGAAGAGGAUAUUAUCACUACGUGGUCAAACUCUAUUACCAAUUCGAUGUUUCUUUAAAACAUCGAUGCAUCGAGUAUAUUGAAAGCUAUUCAAAACAUCGGAUCGUAUCGAUGUUUUUCUUUGCAAACAUCGAUGUUUUCGAUGCAUCGAUGUAUAUCGAAUAUCCCUAACGCGCCGUUCAGUUCAGUUUCAGUACGGCGCCAGCGCCUUUGAAGGUUGGACCUGUGUCAGUUUGUACCGCACGCGUCCCGAGCGAUGCUACGAGUGCAUUAAUCGUAAAACUGGCUGGAUAUACUACGACCGCAAAAGUUUGAUCGUUGUCUGUAUGUUAGUUUCCACAACCGUAUUAAUUUUUAUUGUUAUAAGUACCUACCUAGUUAUUAAUUAUCGUUGCUUCAACUAAUAUUUUUGUUAUUAGCUUUUGCAAUGGGGCGUAAAACUCCUGCUUACCCUUGUGUGAAAAAUUAAUGAAACAAUGAUGCAGUCAUAACGAAAACUUGUGAAGCAAAGUGAAUGAAUAUGCUUAUAACAUAAUGGCUUUUUAUUUUUGUGGUUUCCAUGGGUUUUGAUUGUAUGAAAAUGGUAAUUUGUCCGGAAUUUGAAAGUAUCUUACCUAUUUUAGGUAUAAAAUUGUAGACCGUCAGGGUACUAUUUUCCUGAAUAAGUAGGUACUAAAAGUGGCCAACAAUUUUACGAGUUUGGGGUAGGGGGACUCCCCCUUUCAGCUAAAACCCAUCCCCAGCAAAGCAAACGCAUACUUUCAGGGAUAUUGAAGAUUCAAAUUUGAGGUUAGGGAUCGACAAAAACUUUAACUAAGUACCUUUUAUCCAAUGAAGGAACUUCUAGAAAAAGAAAACGAGCUUUACCACUUCACUCGCUCGGCUUACUCUGUAUAGCCCAAGCAAUAGAGGAAAGCCGUAUAACAAAAUUUUACCACACACUAGCUUUUUUACAGAUUUAAGGGUAGGUCGUAAGAAGCUUAAGUUUAAAAAUCGGGGAAAUGUAGGAUGGCCACAACUGGCCGCCAUAUUGGGAAACAUUUUUAUAGCUUUAACUUCGAAAUUAUUGACUUUACGGAAAAAAAUGUACUACGCUUUUUUGUUUUUUACUAAAUUUCCUAACUUUUAUGUCUUAUAUAUGUUUUUGUACCUCUUACAGUUUUUCAAUUAUUGUUGUUUAUUUAAACAUGUAGUUAUGGUUUUUCCUUUAUAAAACAUUGAAAUGCCAUUAAUUAACAAAAAAACAUCUUAUAAAAGUUAAAUUUCCUACAACAUUUGUUUAAAUCUUUUUAUUAUUAAAUAAAUACUUUUAAAGUUGUGCGUCGUUAACGUAGCAAUGACGCAGUAUAUCGGAGUUUUGUACACUUGCAAUUGAUUUUCAUCACUAAUAUCAUAUACAUAUGUUCGGUUUCAAAUUAUAUUGAAUGCGUUAGUUAAGAUAACGUAACAUUACAUCCCACUUACCCACCUUUUCCUAUCCCUUGGACGAUUUUUUGAAGUUAUACUUCUUUAGGCGCGUUAUCAAAAAAUGAUGAGAGUGAAAUUUUUAGAUGCGCGCGCAUCACUGUAACACAAAAAAUUAAAUCGCUAAAGCGACCAACUUCAUGCUGUUACUUUUGUGUUUACCGCACAUUAAGAAAAUCUACCAACAAAAUAGAAAUAGAAUCUCUAUUUUGUGGGUGCUAACGACUGCAUUGUGAAGGCCUAUCAAAAGUAUUUAUUAAUCUGGAACAACGGAACCAAAGCGCGAUUCAGGAGACUACAGCGCCAUCUCUUGACCAAUGGUGUAGUAGAACCAAAAACCACAUCUUUAUUUUUUGUAAUAAAGUAACAAAAAGUAUUUAUUAAUCUGGAACAACGGUACCAAAGCGCGAUUCAGGAGACUACAGCGCCAUCUCUUGACCAUUGGUGUAGUAGAACCAAAAACCACAUCUUUAUUUUUUGUAAUAAAGUAACAGUUAUAGGUAUUCAUAUUUAUAAUAUUUAUCCACAUGUUUCUAGUUUGUAUUUUCGGAAUACGUGUUUGAGUUUCAUGCAAGUGCAAAUCACAUAUGUUCUAAUAAAUUAUAUUCAGUAGCGAUUUUAAUUGAAUAUUUUGAUUAUUUAUUUAUUUUCUUCAAAUUAAAACUGAACUUUAUUGACUGUGUCCUUUUCCAGACUUUUUAUUAAUUUAUUGUAAUUAAUUAUUUGCAUGCAAUUAAAAACUAAUUUUAAACGAUGCCAAAGAAGGAUAACUUCUCACGCGCCUACAUAAGUACACGCACCCAUUUUUUUUAUUGUAAUACGAGGGUAGACAGGCAGUAUCUGUCAGCUGCCUGUUACAACUACGACGCCAUAGCGAUCGGUCGACUUACGAAAAGCCCCGAUCCAAAUUAUAUAUAAUCAGCGCGGCGGUUGUUCAACGAGCACAAAGAACAUCAUCAAAUCAACAGAUUACGUGAAGGACAGUUAGGACUAGCUCAAGAUAACAUUCCUACAGCAUAUUUGUUUCUCACGCACAUCACUCAUUAAAUAAAACUAGUUUUUACGGGUUAAUGCGCGAAUUAAAAAGUUUUAUUCUGACAACGAAGCCUGUAAAGGCUACGAAACGUCAAUAAAUAAAUAAAGUUUCGUGCAUUAACCCGUAAAAACUAGUUUUAUUCCUACAACAUCCGGAAACUUACGAAAAUACAGGCAGACUGGCACUGCUCUAGGUAGCUUUCCAAUUACAGCAUUAUAGCGCAUUAUGCGGCAUAAUGCUUAACGUUGAGUGUUCCAACUACAGCAACGCUUCGCACAAUUGAGCACUCUCAAAAGUGAUGCUUUCGUGUGAUGCGUGCAAUCGUACCAACUUAGAGACAGAAAAUUAAUAAGUGUUUUUUCUUUAAGUUGGCAUUGAUCGAAAUGUUUUAUUUAAUAUGUUAUCGUUAGUAAUAUUAUUUAUUGUUGAAAAAUUAUUAAAACUUUCGUUUCAUCAUAGUUUUUUUAAAUAAUCAAAGUUAAUUCAAACUGUGUUAAAAAUUAAAUAUAAAUAUGGAUGAAGGUACAAACAUUGACUUUUUUUCAACACUGAACUUAGCGCACUCUGCUGGUGCAUUUGAAAACUAAUUCACGUUCCAAUUAAGCAUCAGCAUAAUUCGGCAUUGUGCGGCACUGAGUCACAUUAUGCUCUGUAAUUGGAAAGCAACGCUAAAGGCUAUCGGAGAAAAUAAAAAAUCGUAAGUUCAAAUCACUUUCUGUUCCUCACAUAAUCCUUUUUGGUCCUUCUCCCCGAUAAAUCCUACCGUAAAUCAUCCUAGUAAUCAUCUAUUUUCUUUCCAAAAUUUGCGUUAUAAUUUUUGCCAAUCAUCAUAAUUCGUGGGUAAAAAUUUUUGUUUUGUGGGUAGAAAAUUAUCAAAGUCAUAAUAUUUUUAUUUUGUCUUUACAAUCUGUGAUUACUUGCUGGUAUCAUUCAGCCUUAGGGUACGGCCAGAGUGCACUCAUAUUCAGAAAACAAGCGCGAGAAAUAUACAGUGUAGUUUAAGCAGGUUGCCUGCUGCCACUAUGGCCACCCUGCUUUAACUACACUGUUUAUUAAACAGACUCAGAAAAGAAGCGCGAGAAAUAUACAGUGUAGUUUAAGCAGGUUGCCUUCUGCCACUAUGGCCACCCUGCUUUAACUACACUGUUU